ACUUCACAAAUCAACCAUGCACAGAUAAGUACCCUCCGUACCCACACGCCCUCCAUCCACACCCAUUUCCUCCCUCUCUUGCCCUGCAUCUCACCCAUCCACCCACCGCCCACCAAGUCCCUCUACUUCCCCCCCUAUGCGCUUUGUUGGCUACUACCUAAUAAUGACCUACCCGCCUAUUAAUUACCCCCUACCACCACGAAACACACACACACACACCCUCUAAGCUGGCUCACUCGCGACUGACCGACCACUGGCUACUUUUUCGCAUUUCCAUUGCUGACACCUUUACCAUCGUCGCUCUUUUCUUUCCUUUUCCAUCGCCAUGUCGUCGCUCUGAGAAGGGGAUUCAACUCAGCUUCAUAUCCUACAAAACAAACGCUACUACAUGACACCCUGACACCGAUAAUCGAACCCCUACACUUACCUGUCAUUCACCCACCUACCUCAAGCUUGCUGAUCACUACCCGAGCCCCCCCGGAUUCCAGGAGGACCCCUUCAACCACAACUCCCCCCUCACGACCACCACCUCGACCUACCUACCUACCUCUCCUCAACCACAGUAGUCUCGCACUCACCCACUCGUCGCCCACGAUGUCUAAAUCCUGGCUCUCCGAAGCCGCCAACCUCCAGCUCCCCAGCGCCGCCCAGAGCACCAAACAAUACAUCUCGCAGUGGAUACACAACAAGCGCUUCCUCCGCCUCGUCGCUGCCUCCUUCACCUUCCUCGUCAUCGGCCUUCUCUACUACAACACCCUCACCGGCACCGUCCCCGCCCUCGUCCCCUCCUCCAGCAUCAUCACCCCUCCGGCCCCAGCAGCCUCCGCCGCGCCCGCCGCGCCGCCCGUGCCAGCGGGGCCAAAAUACGCGUUCGCGACGCUCCUGUCGCCCAACUACCUCAAGGACGUCGACCAAACCGACAUCGCGAGCGAUGAAUACUUCCUCUCCACGCGCGUGCUGAACUACCAGCUCCGCACCUCGAACCACACCAAGUACGCCGACAAGAACGUCCCCUUCCUCGUCAUGUGCCCCCCCAACGUCGCGCAGAACAAGCGCGACAUCCUCGCCGCGGAGGGCGCGACCAUCGUCCCCGUCCCGCAUAUCAUGGCGGAUUGGAUCAAGGUCCCGCUGCCGACGUGGGUGGAGAUGCUGGAUAAACUGCUGCUGUGGUCGUAUACCGAUUAUGAGAAGAUCCUGUACCUCGAUGCGGAUGUGUAUCUUGUUGAGUCGCUGAAUGGGAUUUUUGAGGACGCGGCGGCGCAGGAUCAUGAGGUUAGCGUGGAGAAGACGCAUGAGAAUGAUGUGGGCAAGCUGCCGAAGAAGUAUACCCUCGCCGGCGUGGUCGAUGGAGGGUCGGGAAGCCGCGAGAAUCCUAUGAGUGCGAACUACAUGAACGCGGGAUUCUUCCUCAUCAGCCCGGAUAAAAUGCUCUACGACCACCUCAUGGCGUUCGUGGAUCGCCCAGACAGCUUCUCAGUCAGCAUGAUGGAGCAGAACCUCAUCAACGACGUGUUCAAGCAGGACGGCCCGAUGCCGUGGCAGAAGAUGGAUCCGAAGUGGGAUACGUCGUGCCCGGAGCCGGAGGAUGUGAAGAAGGGGUAUAAGACUAUUCACAGUAAGCUGUGGAAGGUGAAGGCGUCGCCGUGUGAUAUUGAUCCGGUUAUUGGGCGCAUGUGGUAUAAGACCCUUGGACACAUGGAGUCGCAUUAUGCGCAGAUUCCGUUGAGAUGAGAGGGGAUUGGGGGUGUGGUUGAUCUUUAAAAGUUAUCAAGUGAUACUGGGGGAGGCGUGCGUGGGAGUGGGGAAG